AAAAAAAAAAGUUAACUUGAAGGGUGUUCUUUGUUUUGUUUUUCUGUGAUUAUGGGAAUAAAUUCUGAUUCUCAGAUUUCCAGGUAAAGAUGGAGGAUUGAACACCUACUUUUGCUUCCUCUGAAAAUCCCAUUAAGUAAUUAUAAACACGUAUUUAAAGGGCAUAAAUCUGGCUGGGCCUGAUGGCUCAUGCCUGUAAUCCCAGCACUUUGGGAGACCAAGGCGGGCGGAUCACCUGAAGUCAGGAGUUCAAGACCAGUCUGGCCAAUGUGGUAAAACCCCAUCUCUACUAAAAAUACAAAAAUUAGCCAGACAUGGUGGCACGCAUCUGUAAUCCCAGCUGCUCUGGAGGCUGAAGCAGGAGAAUUGCUUGAACCCAGGAGACAGAGGUUGCAGUGAGCCAAGAUUGUACCACUGCAUUCCACUCUGGGUGACAGAGUGAGAUUCCAUCUAAAAAAUAAAAAAUAAGGCCGGGUGCGGUGGCUCACGCCUGUAAUCCCAGCACUUUGGGAGGCUGAGGCAGGUGGAUCACGAGGUCAGGAGAUCGAGACCAUCCUGGAUAACACGGUGAAACCCCAUCUCCACUAAAAUACAAAAAAUUAGCCGGGCGUGGUGGCAGGCGCCUGUAGUCCCAGCUGCUCGGGAGGCUGAGGCAGGAGAAUGGUGUGAACCCGGGAGACUGAGGUUGCAGUGAGGUGAGAUCGUGCCACUGCACUCCAGCCUGGGCGACAGAAUGAGACUCCAUCUCAACAAAAUAAGUAAAAAAUAAAAAUAAAAAUUUAAAAAGGCAUAAAUCUGUAAGUAUUUGGAGAAAGGGAAGAGAGCAACAGCAACAAAAUUUUAGAAGCUGGAAACACGUAGUAAAUGUUAAAUGACUUAGGAGACCCAGGAAAUCAGAAUCCUGAACUAGCAGAAAGAAAAGCUGAUAAUCACCCAAUUUAUACUAUGAUAUUAUCCCCCAGAGGGUUCAGAAAUUAGCAGUGCCAGGUCCCUCUAGAAGUUGAGAUGGGAGGCUAAAAUGAAGAAGAUUGGUAGAAAGUCUGCCCUCAAGGUAGGCAGAUCCCCUCCCUUGUACCACACAGCCAGAGCUACGUUCCUAUACCUUGGCCGAAGGCAGGCAGAUGACUCUCCCUGGAAAGGUCAAAACAGAGAAUCUCUGGACAAGAGAGACCCAGGCACAGUUAAUGGCCACUACUAAAAACAGGCUAACCAGCCUGGGCAAUAUGGUAAAGCCCUGUCUCUACAAGAAAUACAAAAAUUAGCUAGGCAUUGUAGUGCACACCUGUAGUCCCAGCUAUUUGGGAGGCUGAAGUGGGAGGAUCACCUGAGCCUAGGGAGAUCGAGGCUGCAAUGAGUCACGAUCACACCACUGCACUCCAGCCUGGGCAAGAGUGAGACCCUGUCUCAAAACAAAACAGCGGGUGAGUGGAUCCUGGCAUACUGGAUGUUGAGCCCUCAAGCUGCCUCUCCACUCUGCCUCUAGAAUGCUGGCAGCCAGGCCUUUGUCAAGAGAGAGGAAAACUGUUUUCUGGAAAUUGGACCUGCCUGGAUAGGAAAACCUAAGAGACGAGUUAGAGGUUCCUCAACAGAUCCAGGUCUGCCCACAGUGAAGCCCAGGAUCCCCAAGUCCUGCUGUGCACUCAGAGCUCUAAUCAGCAGUUUAAAUAUCUUAAAUACAAGCAGACAGCCACAGGUUCUUAGAUGUGUAAGGAAUGCCUGUAAUAGGAAAGACAGUAGCAAAAAAAACCCAACAUUUUAAAACAACCUAACUAGGCCGGGUGUGGUGGCUCACACCUCUAAUCCCGGACCUUUGGGAGGCCAAAGCAGGAGGAUCACUUAAGCUCAGGAGUUUGAGACCAGCCUGGGCAACAUAGUGAGACCCCAUCUGUAUAUAAAAUAAUAAUAAAGUAAAAAAGAAUCUAAUUGGAAACAAAAGCUAUGCAGGAAGAAGAAAACUUCAUUAAUAGUCUCAAAGACACGAGAAAAGAUCUUUUUCUUUCAUGGACACGAUGACACAAAGUGUUUAUGAAACCAAAAAAAUAGCUUUUAGAAAUUAAAAACAAGGAGCAGAAAUGAAAAUUUCAAUAGAACAAUAGGAAGAAAACUUGAAAUAUUCUAGAAAGUAGAGCAAAAAUCCAGAGAGAAGGAAAAUAGAAGAAGAAAGAUGCAAGUAAUAGAACACCCAUUUAGAAGAUCUGACAUCCAACUAACGGGUUCUACAGAGAACAGAGAAUAUAAAAGGAAGGAAAUCAUCAGUGACAUAGAAUUUAAGAAUAUUUCUCAGAACCAGAGGGUACAAGUUUCUAAAUGGGAAGGACCACCAAGUGCCCCAGUGGAUGAGAAAGAGGGCCGUCUGUAAGCUUUCAGAAGAAGAAGGGUCAGCAGUUGGAACGACUUUAGACUUGGGAGCAACGCUGGGAAGUGAAAAAUAAGGCAGCAAAAAGGCUUUCAGUAUCUUUUAGAAAUUAUUUAUAAUCUAGAAUACUUUGCUCAGCCAAACUUUCAAUGAAGUGUGAAUGUUGAAUAAAAGCUCUCAAAAGUUUAUUUCCCAACACACCCUUUUUCAGGAAGCUGGUAGAACACGUGCUCCGCCGAUAUGAAAGAAUAACCCAAGACAGCGGAAGACUUGAGGUGCAGGAAACAUGAGCUUCUACAGGAGGACAGAGGCAAAAGGGACCCACCAGGAUGAUGGAGGGGGAGAGAUUCCAGGGUGGCGGCUGGGAGCCAGAUGUGCUGAGGAAGUGAAGAGCCCUGGAGAAGAGGCCAGUAAAGCUAAAGUCCACUACAAUGUUGAGUUCACCUUUGACACAGAUGCUCGGGUAGCCAUCACCAUCUAUUACCAGGCCACGGAAGAGUUCCAGAAUGGUAUCGCCGGCUACAUUCCCAAAGACAACAGCCUCCAGUCGGAGACUGUGCACUACAAGCGAGGAGUGUGUCAGCAGUUCUGCCUGCCCUCCCACACCGUGGAUCCCUCCGAGUGGGCCGAAGAGGAGCUUGGCUUUGAUCUAGACCGAGAAGUUUACCCUCUAGUGGUACAUGCUGUGGUGGAUGAAGGAGAUGAGUAUUUUGGCCAUUGCCAUGUCCUGCUGGGUACUUUUGAGAAGCACACGGAUGGAACUUUCUGUGUCAAGCCCCUCAAACAGAAACAAGUAGUAGACGGGGUCAGCUACCUCCUUCAGGAGAUCUAUGGAAUUGAAAACAAGUACAACACACAAGAUUCUAAGGUGGCUGAAGACGAAGUGAGUGAUAACAGUGCCGAGUGUGUGGUGUGUCUCUCGGAUGUCCGGGACACCUUGAUUCUGCCCUGUCGUCACCUCUGCCUCUGUAACACCUGUGCAGACACCCUGCGCUACCAGGCCAACAACUGCCCCAUCUGCCGACUGCCCUUCCGGGCACUGCUUCAGAUCCGAGCCAUGAGGAAAAAAUUGGGCCCCUUGUCCCCAACCAGCUUUAACCCCAUCAUCUCAUCCCAGACAUCUGACUCUGAAGAGCAUUCAUCCUCAGAGAAUAUUCCACCAGGCUAUGAAGUAGUAUCUCUUCUGGAGGCCCUCAACGGGCCCCUCACCCCGUCCCCAGCAGUUCCUCCACUUCACGUGCUUGGAGAUGGCCACCUCUCAGGAAUGCUCCCUUCGUAUGGCAGUGAUGGCCACCUGCCCCCCGUCAGGACGAUCUCGCCUCUUGACCGCCUGUCUGACUGCAGUAGCCAGGGACUCAAACUCAAAAAGAGUCUCUCCAAAUCCAUUUCCCAGAACUCUUCCGUGCUGCGUGAAGAGGAAGACGAGCGCUCCUGCAGCGAGUCGGAGACACAGCUCUCUCAGAGACCGUCCGGUCAGCAUCUUGGAGAGGAAUGUGGUAUGACUCCAGAAAGUGAGAAUCUCACCUUGUCGUCAUCUGGAGCUAUUGACCAGUCAUCUUGCACAGGGACGCCUCUGUCAUCCACUAUUUCCUCCCCAGAAGGCCCUGCCAGCAGCAGCUUGGCCCAGUCUGUCAUGUCCAUGGCAUCCUCCCAGAUCAGCACCGACACCGUCUCCUCUAUGUCUGGCUCCUACAUCGCCCCUGGCACUGAAGAGGAGGGAGAGGCUCUCUCUUCCCCCCAGCCUGCCAGCAGGGCCCCCUCAGAAGAAGGAGAGGGGCUGCCCGCGGAGUCUCCAGACAGCAACUUUGCUGGCCUCCCAGCUGGAGAGCAGGAUGCAGAGGGAAAUGAUGUUAUAGAGGAAGAGGAUGGGUCACCCACGCAGGAAGAUGGCCAGAGGACAUGCGCAUUUCUAGGUAUGGAGUGUGACAAUAACAAUGACUUUGGCAUCGCAAGCGUGAAAGCACUGGACAAUAAGCUGUGCUCUGAGGUCUGCUUACCUGGUGCCUGGCAGGCUGAUGACAAUGCUGUCAGUCGGAAUGCCCAGCGCCGGCGCUUGUCAUCCAGCAGCCUGGAGGACUCUGAGACGAGGCCCUGUGUGUGGGGCCCUUUGGCUGUCUGAGCCCCAGCCUCUGCACUUGGGCUCCCCUCCUGCCCUGCAUUCCAUCCAUCCUCACUCAGCUGCUGCCUACUGGGCAUCCUCAGCAAGAUGCUGGAGACUUUUCACCCUCCUGUGACAGCUGUUACAACCUGUAACCACAAUCCCUCACCUCUCAGAGGGAACUGGAGCCCUCCUUUCUCCCUGUGACCUAAAGCCACUCAAUGAACUGCAGCUCACGAGACCCUUUGCAGGGACUCUGGAAUGUCCCCACAGUACCUUGAUGCUCAGGUGGAACCUGGGGUCCAUGGGCUAAUUUGUUACACAUCUUUUUUUUCUUUAGGGGGUAGAACAAGAAGGCUUAGAGUUUUGGCAGCUUUGUUACAAAGAUCCCUCUGGCAUUUGCUGGUCUCUGGCACAUCAUAACCAAUUGGAAACCUGCAGUUUGGGGUAGGGCUGGAGGACCGCUCCUGUGAAAAGGGAGAGCCAUACUGCACGGAUGUGGCGUUUCCCUCCACAAGCACUAGGAGCACCUUUCUCAAGGACAAGAAAUGGUAGCAACCAAAAGGUUGGUUGAAGGAAACAAUCCUUCCUUCUGGUGGCAGAGCCAGUCUUCUGGGCCUCAAGUGCCUGUGUGCUUAAGAAGGAGCUCUUGGCCUGGCUCAGUGGCUCACGCCUGUAAUCCCAGCACUUGGGGAGGCCGAGGCGGGCGGAUCACGAGGUCAGGAGAUCGAGACCAUCCUGGCUAACACAGUGAAACCCCGUCUCUACUAAAAAUACAAAAAAUUAGCCGGGCGUGGUUGCAGGCGCCUGUAGUCCCAGCUACUCGGCAGGCUGAGGCAGGAGAAUGGCGUGAACCCGGGAGGCGGAGCUUGCAGUGAGCCGAGAUGGCGCCACUGCACUCCGGCCUGGGCGACAGAGCGAGACUCCAUCUCAAAAAAAAAGGAGCCCUUGAAUCUGAGAAUCCCCCAGUUAAGAUGAUUUCCCUUAAGGAGCAUUUCUCUUGAUCAGGUGCAUUCAGGGAGGCCUGCGACUCCAUCCUAAGGUGACAUUUCAAGAAACACAUGUGUUGACCACCUCUGUGUGCCAAGCACUGGGUGAGGAGUGGUCAUAUAUUACCAUAAUUCAUCCUCACUCACCUGGGAGGUGGUAUUCUUGUCCCUGUUGCCCCCAUCUGUACCCCCUUUUGUUAAUGGUUGAGAGAAAUGUGGACCAGUGAUUCUCAGUUUGGUGCCCGGGUCCCCAAAGGAAGUGGUGGGGAGCCUUGAGCUAAGUUCAGGCAGCAGCAUGUGGCCAGCAGCAGUGCGCUGGGAACAGAGGUUGGAAUCAGGGCUCAGGGCCUUCACCUCAAGGGCCCUCCCCAUCCUCCAUGUGUUCCUCCCUUGCCUUCCAGAGCUGCUGAACCUAAUUACUGAAGGGGGAGAUGGAGCCAGGCACAUGCCGAUUGGCAGUUCAGAAACAGUGUUCUGUUCAUGUGCCCUCCCUGCCCCGGUCCAGUGCAAGGGCACAAAUACAAGAGCUGAAACAGCAUGGCUGGACUGUGAGGUGGUGGCUGCUCCGCCUUCCUCAGCGUGCAUGUCAUCAGUGGAUUCCAUGUGGCUCUUAGAUGUGUUGUCUACUGGCCUUUGGAAAAGGUGGUGGUUUAGUAGGGCAUGAGAUUAUUUGGAAAGCAAAGCUAGGAACAACUAUUAUUUGUGAGGUUGAGAUGUGGGAGAGCCUUAUAUAGGCUAUGCCCAUUGUGGUGGACUUGUCUUAGGGUUUGGAAUUGUUACCCUAAAAGCUUUUUGGCCAGGCACAGUGGCUCAUGCCUGUAAUCCCAGCACUUUGGGAGGCCAAGGCGGGCAGAUCACCUAAGGUCGGGAGUUUGAGACCAGCCUGAACAACAUGGAGAAAUCCCUUCUCUGCUAAAAAUACAAAAUUAGCUGGGCGUGGUGGCACAUGCCUGUAAUCCCAGCUACUCGGGAGGCUGAGGCAGGAGAAUCGCUUGAACUCAGGAGGUGGAGGUUGCCGUGAGCCGAGAUCGCGCCACUGCACUCCAGCCUGGGCAACAAGAUCGAAAAGAUCAAAACUCUUUCUCAAAAAAAAAAAAAAAAAAUUCAAGGCUGUUUCCAAGGCAGAUAGCCUCAAAAAGAGCGUGGUGCCCAGGGGGUCCUUUGCUUCUGUGUGGCUGCAGAGGCCAGGAGUGCAGUGACUGUCUCACUGCCUAGUGGUUGUGGCUCACAUCCUGCCCUGAUGGAGGGGAGCCCAUCAUCCACCCUCUCUGAAAUACUGCAGUAGACUUUAUCAUUUCAGGCCCCACCUAAUGUACUUUCCUUCCCGCUACAUUCUUCCCGCCCCUUUCAUAGUUAAGAUGCAUAAGCUGAGCAAUAAUCCCACUUCCUGAUUUCCCUGAAAUAUGAGCCCAGAAGCAGCAGGCGACAGGGAGCUUCCCUUACCCUGGGGUGGUGGCACACAGACCACCUCCUGUCCUGUCCCCUGCAGGUAGUAUUCACAGUGUGGUGUUACCUGGGAGGAGGGAGGAAGGAGCUGAGAUGAAGGAGAUUCAGGUAAACAGUAGCCGCAGUGGCCAGGACCCCCUUCCUGGAGAGAUUCCUCAAGGCCUCAGUCCCAUGUCCAAGGCAUACCUAGGUUAGAAAUGUCCUUUACUUGUUUCUCAGUUACUAUUUCUCCUCUUCCUCCCUCCCCCUGCCUUCUCUUGGCUGUCAUUUAGCUCUCUGGCCCACAGAAAUACUCCAUCCAAGGAGUUGGUCCUCAGUGAGCCUGAUGAGGACGGGUCAGUGGCCAACCCUUUUGCCCCAGUCCUUCAUCUGGAGACAGUCACAUAGUCACGUCAACAGUUCACCCAAAGAGAAGAGGUGGAGCCUGGGAACCACAGGACACAGCCUAACUAUGGAGACCCAGGGCUCCUUCCUGCUGCACUAGGCCUGUGCUCUCCCUGUUGCCUUCAGGUGGUGUGAUCCCGGCUUCCUCACAGAGCCCUUUUUUCCUUCUGCCCAGCUCCAUCCCACCAGUUUCUAACUGCCCCGCCCCCCCCCCCCCCCCCCCAGGCAUCUCCUGGGCACAGACCACCACACUCAAGCCCGCUCACCUGGGAGUUAGGGUCCUGCCCACUUGGAGUUAGCACGCUGGUUGCUCACUUUGCUUUGGUCUGCACACCUGGUGUGUGCAUGUGUAUACUGCUUGUGCCAUCUGUGUACCCCUCUCCCUGGAGUACACUUGUGGUCACACUACAGCGGGGACAUCAAGAAUGCAAUAUUUAUGGAUUGCUGCAUGAUUCUUAAAAAUGAAUAAAACUGUUUACAAGGGAA